AUGGAAGAAGAGUCUACAUUCUAUCCCGAUGAUUUCAAUCUGGAGCUGGCAGACGCGGUCAAGAAGUCGUGGUCGGAACCGCAGGAGCGCUGCCAAUCUUCUACACUCUUCUCGCCAGUAGGCACUCCACCAGCUGGCUCUUCUGCGGGUUCGUUCGUGUCUUCGAACAACCAGGGCAGCUUGGUUACUCCGCCAAUGACCUCGAAUGGGGUGCCCGAUGAGUCCUGUCCAGGGCGGAAUGUCGAGCGUCAUUAUUCGCUUACCGAAAACACUCACGAAUCGAUCAGCGAUAUUAUGGUCGAUCUGAGCUUAGGAGAUGCUCAGGAGGCGACUCCUGAGUCCCAAUUGCAGCCUCGGCCCGUUCGGCGGGGCUCGAUUCAGGACGUUCACCGAGUUAGACACCUGCUGAACCCCCGAAGCUCCUUCUCCGGAGCGUCCACAGACGAACCAACGGUCCCAAGGGAAGAGAACGUCGGCUGGGUCACCAUACUUGCCGACGAUCGGCCAGAAACCAUGAAACCCAUCAUUAUUCUAGAUCGGUCACUUCAGGCAGUGAAAUCGAAAUACAGGCUACACGUCCUCCAUGAUAGGCAGACGAACGCAGCAGAAUUGGCUGCUUGUGGGAUUAAAACCGUAUGUUUCGAUGAAACCUUGCCCAAGUCGUUUCGCUGCGCUAUCGGCUCCAGUUCCGUGCUGAGUCUAUUCGUCGUGCUGGUGGACCGAUUGGAGCUUGCAUGCUACCUGGCACCAACGUGCAUGGUUAUGGAGAACGUCGAUGAGCUGCUGGAAAGCGAGGAGAUCUGCGAUGAAAUUGACAAUGAGACUUGCGUAUUGCUGACAAAGGAGUCGUCUGAAGGGGAAGCCAAAAAUUGCCUCCAGAUCAUGAUUCUGAGACCCUGCAAUGAUCUAGCUAUGUGCGUCAAAGAACUCUUCACAGUCUAUGGUGACCAUGGCGAAGAACGGAAAGUGAGCUACAAGGACGAUUUUGACGUGCUGAGAACUUUGUUCGAUCAUACCUGGGGCCACCUGUCAUCUGAUGAAUACUGCACAACUCCAAAUUUCCAGCAAUUUACUGAUAAGCAGUACAAGAUAGUCGAUUACAGGCUCCUGAAACCAUGGAUCGAGUCGGAAGAGUCUGCAACCAACUCUCUAUGCGAACGAUGGCGUUUAGCAUGGCAAGAUUUUGAGCUAUCCUGGAGAGAUUCCAGCCUCUAG